AUGCUUCCCGGUCACUUCUCUGCUAUAGUUUCUCAGUACGGCCUGGUAAUAUGUGCUAUAGCCUGGGUCGCAGGCGAAGACCUCUCCGUCGAAGACGUGCAAGUCUCUCCGCCUAGAGCCCACGAAGUGCGCAUCAAGAUCCUGCACACGGGGGUGUGCCACACAGAUGCAUACACCCUGUCCGGAAAAGACCCCGAAGGCGCCUUCCCUGUUAUUCUCGGCCACGAAGGCGCUGGCAUCGUCGAAUCUGUAGGCGAAGGCGUCACCAGCGUGAGCGUUGGUGAUACCGUCGUUGCACUAUACACCCCCGAAUGCCAAACCUGCAAAUUCUGCCUCUCAGGCAGAACCAACCUAUGCGGACGCAUCCGCGCCACCCAAGGCCAGGGCGUCAUGCCAGACGGGACAUCUCGGUUCCGGGCGCGCGGCCGCGACAUCCUACAUUUUAUGGGGACGUCCACCUUCGCGGAGUACACGGUUGUAGCGGACAUUUCGGUGGUUGCUGUUACGCCGAAGUGUCCGACGGACCGGGCGUGCUUGCUGGGGUGUGGAAUCACGACGGGGUACGGGGCUGCGACUGUCGUGGCUGAUAUCCGCGCGGGAUCCAACGUCGCUGUCUUCGGGGCGGGGUGUGUUGGGUUGUCGAUUGUGCAGGGGGCGGUGCGGAACAAGGCGGGGCGGAUUAUUGUCGUGGAUAUCAAUGCGGAUAAGGAGGAGUGGGCAAAGCGAUUUGGCGCGACGCAUUUUUUGGACCCUGUGCGGGUGGUUGCUGAGUCGAAGAUGAGUAUUCAGGAUAAAUUGGUGGAGAUGACGGAUGGGGGGUGCGAUUUCACGUUUGAUUGCACGGGGAAUGUGGGUGUCAUGAGAGCGGCGCUGGAGGCGUGUCAUAAGGGGUGGGGGGAGAGUAUUGUUAUUGGCGUUGCUGCUGCCGGGCAGGAGAUUUCUACUAGGCCGUUUCAACUGGUGACGGGCCGUGUGUGGAGGGGAUGCGCGUUCGGCGGUGUCAAAGGCCGUUCUCAGCUACCGGACUUGGUGGAGGAUUAUCUGAAGGGAGAUCUCAAGGUGGAUGAGUUCAUCACGCACCGAGAGAGGCUGGCGAACAUCAAUGCUGCGUUUGCGCAUAUGAAAAAGGGGGAUUGUAUUCGGUACAGUAUUCUGUAUUCUCGAGAAAGCUUAAGGAACAAAAAAGAAAAACGAAAGAACAUGCCAUCUCUCCACCCCCUCCUCGACAACGGCCUCACCAAAGGCCCCCCCUCUUUCCCAGGAGGCAACCUCUACUGCAAAUGUCCCAGCGAAAAAGUCCAAGUCACCCUCUCCAGCAACGUCGCGCACAACCACGCCUGCGGAUGCUCCAAAUGCUGGAAACCAGCGGGGGCGCUCUUCUCCGUCGUGGGCGUCGUUCCCCGUGAGAACCUACGCGUCGCAGCCAACGCGCACAAGCUGCACAUCGUCGACAAGGAGGCUGCCAUCCAGCGGUACGCUUGCAAGCAGUGUGGGGUGCAUAUGUUUGGGCGCAUCGAGAAGGAGCACCCUUUUAAGGGAUUAGACUUUGUGCAUGUUGAACUGUCGGAUGAGAAGGGAUGGCAGGAGGUUCAGUUUGCGGGGUUUGUCUCGUCCAUCAUUGAACAGGGGUUUAGGCCGGAGGGGAUGGAUGCCGUGAGGGGGCGGUUUGCGGCGCUGGGCUUGCAGAGUUUUGAUACGCUUUCGCCGCCGUUGAUGGAUUUGAUUGCUGCUUUUAUGGGGCAGAAGCUGGGAACGCUGCCUGCUAAGUUGUGA